AGCGAGAACAUUCCCAUAGUGCUGUGCGGUAACAAAGUGGACAUUAAAGACAGAAAGGUCAAAGCAAAGAGCAUUGUGUUCCAUCGUAAGAAGAAUCUACAGUACUAUGACAUCUCUGCCAAGAGUAAUUAUAACUUUGAGAAGCCCUUCCUGUGGCUCGCACGGAAGCUGAUUGGUGAUCCUAAUCUGGAGUUUGUUGAGAUGCCUGCCCUUGCGCCACCUGAAAUUGCUAUGGAUCCAUCACUUGCUGCACAGUAUGAGCACGACUUGAAAGUGGCAUCAGAAACAGCUCUCCCAGAUGAAGAUGACGACCUUUAACCUGUUGGCCUCUGACCUCCUUAUGGGCA